AUCAUCUCCCCACUCACACAUGCCAUCCCAUUUCUGCCUUUCUGCUCUUUCCCCUCCACCCCUGCUCCCCACCUCGACUCCAUUCCUGCCUUCCCACCAAACUCCCCCAACCCAAUUCCCCAGUCUCCCGCCGGAUUCGCCCAGUUCGUUAACUCUGGAGCUCGAUUCGACACCGAAGCUGCGGCCUGGGCCGCCAAUUUUCUCGGUUUGGUGUCUUGCUGAUUCGCGUCAGUAUUUUUUCACUGGAAUAUUUCGGUGAUUCGCGCCGUAUGAGCUCGGAUUGGCGGUGGUGUUUCUGAUUCUUGCUUGCCGGAGCUGGAGGCGCAAGGGUAUGUGGGUUUCUCUGGUGUGGAUCCGGGGCUGCGUGGGCGUCACGUUCGUCGAUUUCCAGAGCGGGAGAGGAGCCGACUAGAUCUCUCGGCUCCUGAGGUUGCUGCUCUCCUUCAAAGAGUCCGAUCGGCUAGCUGCGAUCGGAGGUUCAUCUAGGGUUUUGGCAGGUGAGAGGACAUGGAGGCCGCCAGGCUCGGCGCGCAGAGCAGCCACUUGUACGGCAGCGGGCCGGGUGAGCUUGACCUGAACAGGCGUGAGAACAGGGUGUUUGGCUGGGACCUCAACGACUGGAACUGGGACAGUGAGCGCUUUGUUGCCAUGCCGGUGCCAACUGCUGUGGCGAAUGGCUCAGGUUUGAACAGCUCGCCAUCAUCGUCAGAGGAAGCCGAGGCAGAGGUGGCUAGGAAUGGUGGCCAUAGAGGCGACGCUGAUAAGAGGAAAAGGGUGGUGGUAAUUGAUGACGAUGAUAGGGAGGAUCAGGACAUGAUUGUGAACGGUGGCGGGUCGCUCAGCUUGAGAAUUGGGGGUAGUGCUGUUGGUGUCGGAGCGAUGGAGAGCAGUGAUCUAAACGAGGAUGAGAGAAAUGGAAAGAAGAUCCGGGUGCAAGGGGGCAGCUCAAAUCGGCCGGCAUGCCAGGUUCAGGGCUGUGGGGCUGAUCUGACUGCAGCUAAAGACUACCACCGUCGGCACAAGGUCUGCGAGAUGCAUGCUAAGGCUAGCACCGCUGUUGUUGGAAACACCGUCCAGAGGUUCUGCCAGCAAUGUAGUAGAUUUCACCUUCUUCAAGAAUUUGAUGAAGGUAAGCGAAGUUGCCGGCGGCGUUUAGCAGGCCACAAUAGACGGAGGAGGAAAACCCGCCCUGAUAGCGCAAUUGGUGGGACUGCUUCAAUUGAAGACAAAGUCAGCAAUUAUCUAUUGUUAAGUCUUAUUGGGAUUUGUGCUAAUCUGAACUCUGAUAGUGUUCAGCAUUCAAACAGCCAGGAGCUGCUAUCUACUCUUUUAAAGAACCUAGGGUCUGUUGCCAAAUCACUGGAGCCAAAAGAACUCUGUAAACUCCUGGAGGCAUAUCAAAGCCUGCAAAAUGGAUCAAAUGCUGGAACCUCUGGAACAGCUAAUGGUGCAGAAGAGGCUGCAGGGCCAUCUAACUCUAAGUUGCCUUUCGCGAAUGGUAGUCAUCGUGGACAAGCAUCAUCAUCUGUUGUGCCAGUACAAUCGAAGGCUACCGUGGUGGUAACUCCAGAGCCUGCAUCAUGCAAGCUCAAGGAUUUUGAUCUGAAUGACACUUGCAACGAUAUGGAAGGCUUUGAGGAUGGGCAAGAAGGUUCACCUACACCUGCUUUUAAGGCAGCUGAUUCUCCGAAUUGUGCAUCAUGGAUGCAGCAAGAUUCUACUCAAAGUCCACCACAAACUAGUGGCAAUUCAGAUUCAACAUCAACACAAUCAUUGUCAAGCUCAAAUGGAGAUGCUCAGUGCCGGACUGAUAAGAUUGUCUUCAAGCUUUUCAACAAAGUUCCCAGUGAUUUACCUCCAGUUUUGCGGUCACAGGUGAAUUAUGCAUUCUCUCAGCAUGGGGCAAGAAAAUAUAUCCUGAACCUAACACUUAAAACCCUAAAUUUUCAGAUUCUUGGUUGGUUGUCAAGUAGUCCUACCGAUAUAGAGAGCUAUAUUAGACCUGGCUGUAUAAUUCUAACAGUAUAUCUUCGGCUAGUUGAGUCUGCAUGGAGAGAGCUUUCUGAUAAUAUGAGCCUGCACCUGGACAAGCUUUUGAAUAGCUCCACUGACGACUUUUGGGCAUCCGGCUUGGUGUUUGUGAUGGUUCGACGACAGUUAGCUUUUAUGCACAAUGGUCAAAUUUUGUUGGACAGACCACUGGCACCCAGUUCUCACCAAUACUGCAAGAUUUUACGUGUCAGACCAGUUGCUGCACCUUAUUCUGCAACAAUAAAUUUCAGAGUAGAAGGUUUUAACCUACUCAGUACUUCCUCAAGGGUAAUUUGUUCAUACGAAGGACAUUGUAUAUUCCAGGAAGACACAGAUACUGUAGUGGAUGAUGCUGAGGACAUCGAAUGCCUCAGUUUUUGUUGUUCCAUCCCUGGUACAAGGGGAAGAGGAUUUAUAGAGGUCGAAGAUAGUGGAUUUAGCAAUGGCUUCUUCCCCUUUAUAAUUGCUGAGAAGGAUGUAUGCUCUGAGGUUUCUGAGCUGGAGAGCAUAUUUGAGUUCUCCAGUAACGAACAUGCAGUUGUUGAUGAUAAUGCCAGGGACCAAGCCUUGGAGUUUCUAAAUGAGUUGGGUUGGCUUCUUCAUAGAGCGAACAGAAUGUCUAGACAGGAUGAAACGGAUACACCUCUAGCUUCUUUUAACAUGUGGAGAUUCAGGAAACUUGGUAUAUUUGCCAUGGAGCGGGAGUGGUGUGCUGUGGUCGAAAUGCUGUUAGAUUCCUUAUUUAUUGGCCUUGUUGAUGUGGGAUCCCAAUCUCCAGAAGAGAUGGUGCUUUCAGAAAAUUUGUUGCACGCUGCUGUCCGAAGGAAGUCUGUCAAAAUGGUUAGGUUUCUGCUGAGAUACAAACCGAAUAAAAACUCCAAGGGAACUGCACAGACAUACCUAUUCAGACCUGAUGCUCUGGGCCCGUUAACAAUUACCCCCCUUCAUAUAGCAGCUGCCACUAGUGAUGCUGAGGAUGUGUUGGAUGCGCUGACAGAUGAUCCUGGACUGGUUGGAAUUAGUGCGUGGAGUAAUGCACGGGAUGAAACAGGCUUUACCCCAGAAGACUACGCUCGGCAGAGAGGCAAUGAUGCUUACCUGAAUCUUGUCCACAAGAAGAUUGAUAAGCAUCUUGGCAAAGGCCAUGUUGUCCUCGGUGUUCCAAGCAGUAUGUGCUCUGUGAUACCUGAUGGUGCUAAGCCUGGUGAUGUUAGCCUUGAGAUCUGCAGGCCAAUGUCUGCAUCAGUGCCACGUUGCCUCCUCUGCACCCAACAAGCGCGGCGGGUGUAUCCAAAUUCUGGGGCAAGGACCUUCCUUUACCGGCCAGCAAUGCUGACGGUGAUGGGAGUGGCCGUGGUUUGUGUCUGUGUGGGCAUACUUCUUCACACCUUUCCCAGGGUUUAUGCUGCGCCCACAUUCAGAUGGGAGCUGUUGGAGCGUGGACCGAUGUAAGAAGUUUUAGGAUGAAAUAAGCCUAGCUGCUGUUUGUAAGUUGAGAGCUUUAGUGUGGUGGCUAAGAUCAAAGGAACAUAACUACCAUGUGAAGAAGUUCCUUUGUAUGUAUAGCAGUAUCCUGUUGCUGCUGUAAGCUUACACAUCGUCAAUAUCAACUAUAUUUACAACCUAACAUGCUUCCAUUCCAUUACUCCAUUUUUUGUAUUGUAGAACUCAUUCUUUGCGGAGUUUUUGUGAACCAUCAGAAUAAAACGUGUUCUUGUUUGUAUA